AUGCUUGACAUCUUUUUCCUCAUGCUGGCACUGCAGACGGCUAUAUCGGGUACAAUAAGGCACACACAUCAGCUCAGUAUACGGGUGAUUGGUGGAUGUAGGACUGUGGUACAGGGGGAGGAUGUGGACUUAUCCUGCAGACUGAUAGAGACAACCGAGGACCUCGAACAGAUAACAUGGCAGAAAAGUACUUUGGAAGAAACACAGAAACAUAAUUUUCUGCUGAUUUAUCCCAAUGGGGUUACAAACUUUAUUGCACCAAAUGGAUUGAAAGGUAGAGUCCAGUUUAUUGGGAACCCAUCAGAAAACCUUGGAUCUAUUAGAAUAACAGCUGUCAGACUGUUGGAUGAAGGCACCUUCACAUGUAUCUUCAGUAUUUUCCCCAGUGGAGCAUACAAUACAGAGAUUCCUCUGACUGUGCUUGUUCCUCCAGUAGUGAGUGUGACAGUUGAUGUUCCUCCUGUCAUUGGGGAGAAUGAGGUUGUCUUGGCAACCUGUGUGGCUGCUGGUGCCAAGCCACAGGCAGAAGUGAAGUGGAUUACAGGUACAUUCGGCAGUUUGUUGAGGACAAUGACAAACUCCACCCAGCACGCCAAUGGAACCACCACAAUACUCAGCCACCUGCUCGGGGUGCCAACCAGAGCAGCCAAUCAGCAGCAGGUCCAGUGUGUGGUCAACCAGUCUGCCCUGGCAACAGAAAGGAGCUACAACUACACCAUAAACAUCCACUAUCCACCUCAGUCAGUGAACAUCACCCUUAGUGAGGCCUCUAAAGCCACAGUCUUCCUAUGUGUAGCAGAUGGCAACCCACAACCCAACUACACCUGGAGCAGAGUGGUCCAGCCAUGGCCUGUGUCUUCAGUGAGAGCAGAGGGAGACAUACUGCACCUCCUCUGUCUCAGCUCUGAGCUGAAUGGUCUCUAUGUCUGUGAGGCCUCCAACCCCUACGGACGAGCAACUGGCUCCCUCUAUGUACACACAUCCUCUGAGACCUCUGCUGCCUGUUGGGUUCUACUCAUUGUCAUUCUAUGUCUGAUUGUUACUGCGGCUGCACUCGUAUUGUAUUGGAGGAAAUACGGACAGUUUCUUUGGAAUUCAAUCAUGGCCAAUCACCAGUUCCAGGCACCCCCACAGGUAUGUGACUAUGUUAAAGUCCACCAUUGUUGCGUGAUUACCCUAUCACAUCAGCCACUUUUUUCUAUGUAAUAAUACUGUUA